AUGCCGGAUACUCCCUUAGCAGUGAAUAUAGCGGCGGGCUCAGAACAUUUGGACUCACCGCCUCCAUUACCACCUCGAACCAGUUCACUCGCAGAUGAUGUUCCCGACCCGAGUUUUCCAGCGCCACCGUAUAGUCCAGCGUCUCACCAGUUCCAUAUUUCAGACGACCUCGUUUUCGCAUACAUUGGUCUAGUAUGGCUACUCGCCGAGUCGGAAGAGACAGCGCUGGAAAGACUCAUUGCCGGUAAUUGGGAGGUCCUGCCAAAGGACGACGACGAGGAGGACGUAGAGCAUUUAACAGAUGAUGAAUUGAGCGAGAAGGUGUCUACCACAAGUUUACUUUCUGAAGAAGGUACUGUUAGCGGGGAAGGACAACAGGAUGACUCCAAUGGGAAAGGCUUUUGGUCAAAAGUGACCAGCGUCUUUGAAGCAAAGGAUUCUGAGACGGAUCCGUCGCGUCAUCCAUCCGUAACAUCCUAUCGUACAUGGCGACAGCAAUUACUGCACGGAAUUGCUACUUCUAAUGCGCUGCAAGGCAAAGAACUCGAUAUCAUCAAAGAUCUCUCAAAUCACGGCGUAACGAUUGAAUCUCUCUCACAAAGUCUCUCCAGUUCUAUAAAGGCCGCUGCAUCCGCCGUAAGGGCACAAGCCGCAGACGGUACCAACUCUGACCACACCGUCAAACGCAGCGACGAACGUGACGCCAUAUCCCUUAUUCUUUCCAAUCUCAUCUUUUCAUCACUUCAAGAAACUGUUAUGAAGUCAAGUGAACUUCGCUACGAUGCCCGUCUGAGAACUAUAUUAAGGAGACUGUCGUUACUCAUUUGGGAUGGUGUUUAUGACGCGGAUGGAAGGGACGAGAUGGAGGAAAGCAAAGCAAGGGGACUGAUGGUGCAGGAAGUCGAGCAUAUCGUUGCCGAAAAGCUUUGGGAAGAAUCGCACAUUAAGCGGCAGGACAAUGAUGGAACUGUACCACAGUUGGAAGAAACAAGGGAAAAGUGGAAGCGGUGGGCUGGAGUAGGGUUGGCGACCGUCGGGGGAGGUGUGGUCAUCGGACUGACAGGGGGACUUGCAGCACCAAUGAUUGGAGCAGGUUUGGGAGGCUUGUUCUCAGGCCUCGGAUUGGCGGCACACGCCGGUUUAUGCGCAACUCUGGGUACUACUGCCGGUGUAGCUAUUGUUGGCACGCUCUUUGGAGUGACAGGAGGUGGUCUUACAGCUUAUCGGUUCAAUCGCCGCCUGGGAUCUCUUUCAGUAUUUGCCUUCCACUCCCUGACACCACCGCCCAAUCCGCAUGCUGGAAAUUCAAACACACAAUCUUUACAUCUCAUCAUACCCAUUUCCGGCUGGCUAACCACUGAAUCCGAUAUUACAGACCCUUGGACAGUCCUUCCCGCCUACGCACCCUUCUCAGAGGUCACUGCCCUGUCCUUUGAUCCCCAUCACUUGCUGGACCUCGGGAAAGCGUUUCAGUCUUUUAUGACAUCCACAGCUGUUACAUAUGGUACAACUGCUGUUCUCAAGCAGACGAUGCUAGCGGGUCUCAUGUCUGCCCUUGUGUGGCCCGUUGGUCUGUUGCAAAUGGGAUAUUUAGUGGACAACCCGUGGACGAUUGGUCUGGACCGCGCUAGAAAGGCGGGUCUCGUCCUUGCCAGGGAUGUGUUAGCUAAAUACGUUCAAGGAAAGCGCCCUGUGACGCUCAUAGGCUGGUCUCUCGGCGCGAGAACCAUAUUCUACUGUCUCUUGGAACUCUCGAAAAUGAAGGCGUAUGGUAUUGUUGACGAAGCCUAUUUACUCGGAGCACCCGUAGGCGUCAACCCUUUGGAAUGGCGUCAAGUAGCAAGUGUGGUCAGCGGGCGGGUUGUAAACGGGUAUGCAAAGGGGGAUUGGUUUCUAUCAUACUUGUAUCGAGCGAGCCAAGCCAAGAACGGCGUUGCGGGCUUACGAAAGAUUCGUAUUGGAGAAUGCGAAAAAGGACGCAAUAUUGUUGAUAAUGUGGACUUGUCGGAUAUUGUCAAAGGGCAUUUAAAAUAUCGGGAUACCCUGCCAGAGAUUUUGGAACGCGUUGGGUUUGAGAGAGGUGUGAGCGUUUCUGUUGAGCGGGUAAAAGAAAUGUCUAGUUCUAGGAGUAGCAGUACAAAAGCAGGGGAGGGGGACGAAGUGCUGUGGGCUCCACCUUCGGUGGAGCCAUCCGCGACGGAGACUGCGAGUUCAGUUGCCUAAAUUUGUGAGUCCAUAUCUCUGUUCAACCGUAGGCAGAUUAGGGAGUAUUUUGAUUUUAGGAUGUUUUGACCUUUUUUCAAACAUUGAUAUUCGUCGUGAUUUUGAAAGUUUACUCGAUUAAUUAGCCAGUAAAACAUUUGAUCACGUG